AUGCAAUCCACACAAACAUCAGAGCAGCAAUGCACAAUGUGCGGCAGCAAGACAUCGCAACGCUGCAAGAGCUGCACCUGCAGCGCCUAUUGCUCGAAAGAUUGCCAAAAAGCCGACUGGCCGGUCCACAAAAUCCUCUGUGCCGAAUUCCAAAAGUUCUCCAAACCACCUGGGGGGGGGACCUUCAAACGCGGAAUCCUCUUUCCCGAUGACUCGAAUACCCCCCGAUUUGUUUGGGUCCCCACUAAGUGGAUUGUAGACGAAGAUGAUGGCACCGGGUAUGAGAAUCCGGAAUUCGAAAAGUUCGGUGGCAUCGAUCGCUCGUCCCGGAUUACGGGGAAUAAUCUCCGUUCACGCGAUCUCCAAAAUCAGCUUCAGGUUCACUACCGCGACACAUUCUUGAUCGAUGGGUCCAAGUUGAACCAAAGUAUCGUCGCGGUUACCAGAGGUACCUCUGGUCAUGGAUGGAGCGGACCUUUGCUGGCAAUGAAGUUGCCGGGCCUCAGUAUUGAUCCCCGGUGUUACAUAGACAUCGACACGGUUGAUUUCCGGGAUGUCGUCGAUUUCUUUUGUUCCUACCCUAACCACAACUUGAGCGAUAUGAGUCUGGUCAAGAAGACCGCGGCCAACGUUCGCCCCAAAGAACAAUUUACUGGUGUCAGGAUCAACUGUCGCAGCGACCAGGAUAUCGGUGGAAGACCAAAAUUUGAGCCUAUCAAGCUCUCCAUAGACCAUCCGGUAUUCAGAGCGCCAGUAUCAAGUAUAUCGAAACGCAUCGAGCUCCCCAUCAGGAUCAGCAGGUGUCCGCCGGGUGAAACAUCACUGAAGAACACAAGUAGGAAGGAAUACAACGCAACCAAUCAGGCCGCGACGUUCCUGCACCUAGUUGCUGACCCCAACAGCAGCCAGUGGGGAUGGGCACCAAUGGAAUGGCAGAGCCCGGCUGGAAGUGUCAUCGUUGUUCGUGAGGAUCGCAAGCCUAUUUUGCCUCAGCAGAUCGAAGCGCUUUGCCAUUUCUGUCAAUAUGUUCUACAGCCGCUGUUUGAGGACUCGCUGGGAAGUGGGAUGCACCCUGAAAGUCCCAUGAAGAAGAGUGAAGUUUUGCAAGUGAUAACGCGGAGGUGGUUCGAGAACUUUUAUAUAGGAUAUGAGAACUGGAAGAGGGAUAAUGAUCCCAAUUAUAGCGUAUACACGUUUCCUUACUAG